AUGGAUCAAGUCUUAAGUGGCCUGCCUGGAGUACAGUGCUACCUGGAUGACAUCUUAGUCACGGGAAAGACUGAGGAAGAGCACUUGAGGAAUCUGGAUGCCACCCUGCAAAGACUGGAAGAAUAUGGACUCAGAGUCCGCAAGCCUAAGUGCGAAUUUUUUAAAUCUUCAGUGGAGUACUUGGGGCAUGUGAUUGAGCCCAAGGCUUACACAAGGCUCCAUCAAAGGUCCGAGACCCCAGCACCACAAAACACCCACGACCCCAGCCCCGGCUCGAAGACCCACGCCCCCAGCCCCGACGCCAGUCCCGGCUCCCCAACGCCCGCCCCCAGUCCCGAUCAGGCCGGCGCCCCUCGCAAAGACAACGGAGCCGCAGAGGCCGGCGCCCCUCGCAAAGACACCGGAGCCGCAGAGGCCGGCGCCCCUCGCCCGACGCCGGAGCCACAGAUCCCGGAGAUGGAGCUGCAGAGCCCGGCGCCCCUCGCCACGACCCCAGAGCUGCAGAGCCUGGUGCCCCACGCCACGACGCUGGAGCCGCAGAGCCUGGCGCCCCACGACGCCGGAGCCGGCAGAGGCUGCUCCCUCCUCAUCAUCCCUGGAUCUCUGUUGGCCAUGCUGACAGGAGGACAGAGGUCACCGUGGUGUGAAGUUGUCAGCCUGCUCAAGUUUGCCUUCAUCACCUCCUCCAUAGGGAGCAUAGCCAUCCUCUGUGUGCAACAGCUGAUUGGCGUGGCCUCCACCAGAAGUCCUUUCUCUGUUGUCAUGGCAGCAGGCUGCCUUGCUUCUUGGGUGACAGGGGUGGUGUUUGGUAGUGUCCCUGUUGUCUACACCUGGAUCAGGUAUGACCCUGCAGAGAUGUUGUGUGCUGUCUUUUGGGAGAACAGUUACUCAGAUAUGUUGGUCUAUAUUCUCUGCGCUUUCUCCAUUUGUAUCUUCCUCCCCUUCCUCCUCAUCAUCAUUUGCUCUCUACUGAUUGCCACUGGCUGCCACUCAAGCUGCAACAGCAGGUCUGAUCUGUCUUCAGUCUGUCCUUUGCUGGUGGCCUCCUACAUGCUCUGCUACACUCCUUUUGUUGCGUCUGAGCUGAUCCUGCUGGGUAGGAUGGACCUGUCCCUGGCACCUGAUUGGUUAAGGACUCUUUCAUCAGUGAUGUCAUACCUGGACUGUAGUCUGAACCCUCUUAUUUACUGCUCUCAUCAGAACUUCCGUGAAGCGAGCCUGGCUCUGCUUUGGACCAGAAGGAAACCAUUGACAGAGCCUGUCCUCACUUCUAUCACUAGAUAUGACAUGUGAACUUCUGACUGUUUCCACGUGUAUUCCCCACAAAUAUCAAGCACAUGUGUA